UAUAAGAGUAACAUUCGAUGGCCAAAGUAUUGUUGUACCGGUGCUUUUAUUAGUCACAACCCGAGAAUGUACUCACUACGCAAACUCCUCUUGUCUCAUCGCAAAACGAUUAUCCUCGGCACGACCACUUCAACGGCGAUAAUAUGUUUGGUGUCGACCCAAGACUCUGAUGAGUCCUUACGCUAUCACCGCGAAUCCGCUCGCGGCAUCCUCGAUUCGAUACCCUGUGCGUGCGAUGGUGGGUCUUCCGCGAAAAUACCCCUGCGCCCUGUGGGAUCGGCAAGUGAUUUGUCGCAGAUCGCAGCCAAUCCUCCUUCGUUGUGGAAUCGAGCAUUGGUGUCCAUCGGCCUUUCCUCUCCGCCUCUCCCAAGACGGCUGACUCCCAAAGACCCAGCGUUUCAGAUUCCCAGGAAGUUCCUUCGAAAGCGACAGCAGGACGAGGAAAAAAUGCGCAAGCUAGUAAUUGAAGAUGCUCCCAAACUGAGAGGUGAUCCAAACCUUGAGGAGAAAAUGGCCUCCUUGCGACAAGAAGUUUUCGAACUGGCGUACGGAAAGGGAGUUACGGCACAAAUGCGCGAAGACUUCUUGAUCCGAUACGGUUGUACCGGAUUUAGCGAUGAAAUCUUGAGCCGACUGAUUGAAUUAUGUGGUACACGAGGAAUUGUUGAAGUCGGAGCAGGACACGGCCAAUGGCAGAAAGCUUUGACAGAUGCCCACAGCCGGGAGAGUGCUAGGAAAUCGGCAGAAAACCAGCCCGAAAGUACUGGAAGCGGGGGUAGUUCUGAUUUCUGUGUGGCGUACGACAACAACUCGAAUUUGCCGUUGAACACACACAUAUACAAUCAGUACACACAACCGCAUCACGAUCAUUUUGGAACCGUACAGAAAGUUGAAUCUACCAUGCAUCUUGAGAAGGUCUUGCGAUCCUGGGCAUGCAGAGGGAGAGCUCUUUUAAUGGUAUAUCCACCCCCGGGAUCGAUGGCAAUCGAUGCACUUAAGACUUAUACAGGAGCCUCAUCCGAUAAUGAUACUCUCAUCUAUGUUGGUGAGGGUAGGGGCGGGGCCAACGGCGACGACGCCUUUUUUGACUUUUUAGAAAACGAAGAAUGGAUUCUUGUUGAUGUUUUGGAAGUUACGAGACCGCCUGGUGACAAAGGAUGCGAGAAACUCUAUAUACUGAAUAAAAUAAGGGAGAGAUUCGAAGAGUAAAGGCCCAGCACCGACCCUUAUUUCGAUAAUAGUUUUGGAGAAAUAAUGUCGCUCAAAAAUAGGACAUCACAAUUUUGCAGUACGAAGAAUUAUUUUGUGAAAAGCAGAUAGAGAAAAAUCAAUGGGCGGGAUACUUUUGAUCCACUGCUGUGACAGUAUUUAACGUGCCUAACUGACUUUAGUAAGUCUAUAAUUAAAUUCGUUAAGGUAG